AUGGAUCACUUACUAAUCGUCUAUGUCAAUUUAUCACCAAUGGAAGCGUUACAAGAUCAAUUGGAGGGACUCCCAGGGUUUGGAAUAGCCCAAGAUUACUGGAAUGAUUAUGCAGAUGAAAAAUUUAACAAAGAUCCUUACGUAGAUAAGAAGACUGGUAAAAAGCUUCGAUUACCACCAGAUAUCACCACCAAAGAAGAACAGAAAUUGUGGUUAUCGUGUCAAAAGCAGGCUUGGGUCCACGAUAAGUGUUUUUUGGGCUCAUGCGGUGUGGGUUUAGAUUGUGGGAUUGGUAUGGCUCCACUUUUCGCGCUAAUCUUCCCCGUCAUUGGACCGCUUAUAAUGUACUCAGUACAUCUGAGCUUGAUUCGUUCUGUGAAUGACAGGAUAAAUAUUCCCAACAAGGUUCUAGCAAAGAUGGAAGGGCAAAUAGUCAUGGAUUUGCUUCUUUCUUUACCACCAUUGCUCGGUGCAUUUCUUAGUUGGAUGAAUCUGUGUCUGACAAGGAAUGCUGCAACCAUAUAUGGAUAUAUGUUAACUACAGCAAGAGAAAGAGUAAAAGGUGAUGGACCCGUUUAUCUUGGAACGGGUGCUAUUGGCACUGAGCAGGACAAUUUUUCACAGCCACUUCAACAACAGCAGAAAGCUGUGAGGCAGUCCAGACUGAAAAACACCUUUGUUCCAAAUACAAGAAACGGUAAUCAAACGAGUAAAGGCAUAAUUGUUGAAGGGCAGCAAGAAUCAGGGUUCGUUUGA